CAAUACAAGACAGAACAAGGGAAAAUAUUUCACAGUGCAAGACUGAGGUAACUGAAGACUCCGUCACCAGUGAUGGAGAGGAGGGAAGACCAUCUGUCGUACCCAGAAUAGCAUGAAGUCUGAAAUUGCACUUGGCAAGGUCAAAGAUAUUUAUCUCAAGAAAUCUGAGAUAAUACUCGUGAUCUUUAUUUUCCUCAAGGAUUGUACUAUGUCGACUGCUACGCCAAUUACACAGUCUCUUAACAAUGGUAGUGCAGUUAAUGUUCCAGCGAUUGUCAUCCCUGUGUUGUUGAUUCCUGCAAUUAUUGGACUUAUAGUCUGGGGCUAUAUACAUUUUAGAUCCAAAGGUUUUUAUAUCCCAAAUGUACUGAUGAGAUCCAGGAGGAGUGACAGUGGAUUGGAUGAGAGACAGCUCGAUAAUCAGCAAGAGCACAUCUACAAUUCUAAGAUAACUAAUCAUUCUGCUGAGCGAGUUUCUAGCUCUAACACCUCUCCAAAAUAUGAAGCCAAUCAUGCACUAUAUCACGCUCAACCUAAUUAUGAAAAUGUUAUGAUUGAUCCCAAUAAUCAGCCUGAAAAUUCAGAAUUCACAUCAGCUGCAGACCAUCAGCAAAUUCAGAUUUCUCCGACUGUGGAUUAUAAUGAGACUAUUUAUGAAAACAGCUCAUCAUUGGAUAUUUCACCCGUGUAUUGUAAUUACACAGGCCCACCAAAUGAUGAAAAUGAUGAUACUUACAUCAUUCCAAGCGAGUAGUUACCUGCAUGAUGAGGACACCAGACUAUUAUCAAACUGGAAAGGAAGAUCGUUUUUGUGAUUUGAGACAGUGAACAUUGGAUGGGCAAUGUCUCAAUAUUAUUUAUUGAACAGAAUAUGGAUUUGAGACACAGUAUGAAGAAUAAAUAUCUCAGUGUAAUGCAGAAAACUAUAGAACAAUGAAAAAUCCUUUUUCAUACUUCAAAGAAAUGCGUGCUGGCAAUUUGAGCUCCGAACAUGACAUACAACAGAGAAGAACUUUGAAAAACAUUGUAUUUUGUAUGUCAGAUAUUUUGUCAUCCUUCCAAACUGAAAUGUCUAUAAAACUGGUUUGCAGAGAAUCAAAUGUUUUCUACUCAAAGACUGGCCAUCUUAGGUCAUACUUAGACAAUUCCAGCCAAGAGUCCACAAAGCAAUUAUGGUGAAAGAGAUCAACAAGAAAACAUUCAGGCUUCAUCUAGUCACUCAUCUGAUCAAUUUUUCAGUGGCAUUUUCAUCCAUUAAGGAGAAUUUGCAUUUAUCAUAGCGGCUCAGGUUUAACCGCUAUAAUAACGAUGAAGUUGUCAGCAUUAGUUAUCACCACUCUGUGAAACUGAUAGGUACAGAGUUAAAAGUGGCAGACCAGAAACUGAUUCCCUACUCCUCCAUUGGGCGUGCAGUUGAAGUCUUCAUCAACACAAAUCAAUUAGAAAUCACUAAAUUUUCCACCUGUAACUUGUUCUUCUCACUGUUUAAACCACUUGAUAAAGUGACACAUUUUUGAAUGAGCUGUAGCUGGGUUCAAAAUUAUAUAAUAUGUCAAAAUUACCAUGAAUGACUCCUCUGGUUCAGAAAGGCUAAUUGAAUAUUUGUGAAAUGUCGAAUUUCUCUAUUCCAUAUUAAAAAUUCAAAGUUUGUUAAAUAUUAUUUCAAGUUUGUUGAUGCUAUUUCAGCAUCCAUAUUAAUUGUGUAUAUCACAUCUUUUUGUUUUAAUUUCUGUAAAAUUAUAGAAAGUGUAUGAUGAAACAUGGCGUUAUUUCCUUGUUUGCUGUCUAAGAGAAUUCUUCAAUGUGACAAUGCUGUCAUGAAGUCAGCUUCAUGAGAUCAAAGUUGCUGGAGAUCACCAAUAGCUGGCGCCAGCAAUGAUUUUACUAUCAAGAAAGGAGAAACUGAUCCACUUGAUUCACUAGAUCAAUGAGGGCAGGUUUCUUCACAGUCAGCAUUGGGCACUACAACUUUGUUGCUCACUUCAAAGUCUGAAUCAUUAUUCAUUUUUUACUAACUAUAAAGUAACUAGAUUGCAGCUUUCUUUCUUGGCUUUCUUAUAGCAAUGUAUCACCAUUAGUACCAGCUCUGACCUGGACUUUUAGGUCCUGCAGGUGCCAGGAUCAAAGGAGGGCUGGCACCAAAUGUAGCAAUUCCAAUUUCCCUGCUGGUUCAUGCAUUGCAUCCCACUCUCAAGCCUUUUUCCUCAAAGUUACUAUGAAGUGUUGACAGGGCUAUUCACCCAUGCAUGGUGGGUAGAUGAUUAAGAUCAUUAAGGCCUCCUUAGAACAAUUAAAGGAAGCCACUGAGACUUUUCAGCUUCUAGUCUACCUGUUGGCAAAUCUAAGGCUAGAACUCCAGGUAGGCCCAGACAUUGUUCUCACUAAUUCAUAUACAGUAAUAACCACAGUGACAGAGCCACUCCCUCCACUCCCCUCCACCCCACUUUUUUCCCCUUCCUCCACAGCAGUGUCUAAGCUGCAAAAGCUAUUUUUAUAUUUAGAUUGUAGUAUUUUGGAGAGAGGGGAGCUCAAAGAAUUUCACAUCUCUCUUGUCACCCUUCUUGAGAUAAACACAGCCUGAUUCAAAUUGCAUUGAAAUUCACAAGAGAAUUCAGGGACUUUUGGGAGUCAUGUUUAAAAGCUCGCUUGUGUCUAUUCCUAAAAUAGUCAUUGUAGUUUACCACUAAAUCUAUAUUAAUAUAAUUGCACAUUCAUGUCAAAGUUGCUUCUGCUUUUAAAGAGGGAACAUUCCCAGAUAAACGUGAUUCAUUUACUGUUCCCCCAGAGUUGUAUAAAGAUGUGCUCUGCUAUCCAUUACAGACUCAUUUGAUAUUAAUUAUUUGGUAGUUUUUAUGUGUUCAUUUCCUAAUUCCAAAUUGGCGCUCCAGGAAAUGCAAAGGCAAAGGAGAGUGGGGGAAAAAAAGACGGUGACUACUUGCACUAUCAAUGUGUGUUUUUCUUAGAAUGUACAAACAUUAUUAUUGACAGGGGGACGAAAGCAUGACUGUUAAAAUCUGCCCUCUAUUCAGAGGUGCAAAGUACUCAUCAUCCAUAUUUUAAAUUUUGACUGUUGUUUCUUACCAUCAAAAUUACCUAAUUUAGCUGAAAUAGAGUGAAUGCUUUUCAGAUGUUGCUAUAUACAUGGUUUCAGAAGAAUCAAUAGUUACAAUCAUUAUUACUGUGAAUAUAAGUUUUCCAGAUUUUUUGAAACUGCAAUUCAGACCUAUAAAAGCUACAACUGUGCACUAUGCAAAUAACUAUAGAUUACUGUUUGCUUAAUGGCAUCUUGUUAGGUGGUUCUUUGAUUUUUGA